AAUCACAAAUGCAAGGGAGUAGGGACCACGCCCUACAUCAUGACCAUGUAGAGAAGGUAGAGGUAGCUUGCCAGCAAGUCAAAAACAGGUCUAAUUUUGAAGAAAUCAAUGCCCCCUAAAGUAAAGAGGAGGCCCCUCUUCAAGGCAACAAACAAGAGAACUCAGGCAAGUGCUACAAAACAUGACCCUAUCUAUGGCAGGCCUGUGAAGAGACGCAGAGGUCGUAGUGCAGUGUCUACCCCAAGCAAGAAUGAUGAGGAUAGCAACAGUAUUGUAUGUCAAUCCUCAUCAACAGUAUGUAGCGCAGACGCAGUCUCCAAGGAGGAUGACGUCACGAGCAAGAAUAAUCCCUCUAGCAAUAUGGUUACACUGGAUGUGAAUGAAGAGAACGUAGUUACUGACAAGAUGCUAGACGAUGUUUUGUUUGGUUCAGAGCCAGCUGUUGUUAAAUCGUGUUGUCUGUCAGGGCAUCCGAGUGUAUUGACCCCAGUACUGGAAAGCUCUCCUAUUCCUUGUCCUCCUCUGGGAAAGUGUACGACAAGGAAAUUAAUUAAUGAAACUAGUGAAUUUGAUCAGGAUAUUUUAUUUGGACUAUGCCCUGAGGAUCUUAAUUUCUCUCUAAACACCUCUAAUAUAUCAGAGUGCGCUAAGACCCUAACAGCUGGCACUGAAGACAAAAAAGAAGAAGGAUUAAAUAAGUCUAUUGAUGGUAUUACAAGAACUCAAUUUAUUAAAAGCAGUGCGCUAUUGAGUAAUAAGGCAACGGAAGUGAACACAACUAGUGACCGUGGGACGUUUUAUGGCCUCCCUCUACGAGUGAAAGAGUGUUAUGAAGAAUUCAGAGGAAUAAAACAGCUCUAUGAUUGGCAGCAUUGUUGUCUGAGUCUACCUAGUGUGAGUAAUGGAGGCAACCUCAUCUACUCCCUGCCCACCAGUGGAGGCAAGACCCUCGUCGCUGAGAUCAUCAUUCUCAGGCAGCUGCUCAUACACUGCAAGGACGUGCUCCUCAUUCUACCCUUUGUAUCCAUCGUGCAAGAGAAGGUGAGGCAGCUGACUCCGUUCUCCACCACUUUUGGCUUUGCUGUGGAGGAGUAUGCUGCCAGUAAAGGAACACUGCCUCCAAGACAGAGACGCAAGAAGAAGGUGUUGUACAUAGCAACCAUAGAGAAAGGGAAUGGACUAGUCAACUCGCUGAUAGAGCUGGAGAUAAUGAGUAGAGUGGGACUGGUGGUCGUGGAUGAGCUGCACAUGCUGGGUGAUGGCAGUAGCCGUGGUGCCACACUGGAGAGUUGUCUGGCCAAACUACAGCACUGCUCCCCUCGCACACAGCUAGUGGGGAUGAGUGCCACACUAGGAAACAUGGCUGAUCUUGCCACUUUCAUGAGGGCGCAAAUCUUCUCAAGCAACUUCAGACCAGUUGAACUUGUGGAACAAGUUAAACUGGGGAAGUGCGUGUAUGGCAUCUCAGUGGGUAACUCAGUGAACUUUGAUUUUGUACGAGACAUCAAAGACCACACUCACUCUCAGCUGGACCCUGAUCAGCUGACGGCAUUGGUGAUGGAGGUGGUACCCGACUCUUCUUGUCUCAUAUUCUGCCCUACCAAGAAAAGCUGUCAAAAUCUGGCUCUCCUUCUCACCAAGACCCUACCAAGGACCCUGAGAGGGGUUAGUUUACCUGAGAAACAGCAGCUGCUCAAGACACUCAGUCUGGAGGCAUCAGGUGUGUGUCCGACACUGGCCAAGACCAUCCCCUUCGGCGUGGCCUACCAUCACUCGGGCCUCACUGCGGACGAGAGGAGAGUCAUUGAGGACGGAUACUUAGACGGUGUACUCUGUGUCAUCGCGUGCACCUCUACCCUGGCUGCAGGAGUCAACCUACCAGCAAAACGAGUGAUCUUGAGGUCUCCCUACAUUGGCUCCCAGCUCAUGUCUCGCAGUCAAUAUAAGCAGAUGGUGGGGCGUGCCGGAAGGAGUGGCCUGUGCAACACCGGAGACAGCAUCCUCAUUCUCAACCCCAGAGACAAGGACAAGGUGGUGUCCUUGUUGUCUGGUCCAUAUGAGGUAUGUCGGAGCAGCCUCUUGUCUGAUGAUGGGGCCACACUGCUCUCUCUCAUCUUGAACAUUACAGGCCUAAUGAUGGUUGAGUGUUUCUCUGACCUUCAGUUUUUCUUCACCUCAACUCUUCUCCACGCUCAACAUGACCACGCACACCUGAACAAGCAGUGCACUGAUGCCGUUGCCAAGCUGGUUGCUAUGGAUUACAUCACUCUGGAACCAAGCGGAGACCUCAGGGAGGGCAAAUACCUCAUCACACCACUGGGUAGAGCAGCUUUCAAAGGGUGCCUCAGAGUUGACCAAGCACACCUUGUAUAUAAAGAGAUGAGGGAUAGCUUACAACAGCUGGUCCUCUCCACGGACCUUCACCUGCUGUUUCUGGCCACUCCCCUUGAUCUCGGCACAUCCAUACAACCAAACUGGAUGGUCUACUUCCAAGAGGUGACUGGUUUGGGAGAGGAUGAGCUGAGAACAGCAGAGCAACUGGGAGUCAAGCCAGGCUACCUGGCAGGGAAGGCCACUGGAGCAGCAAGAGGAUCAGUGUCAGAGGAUGUGAUGAUGCUUUAUCACCGGUUCUACAUCACCCUCAUACUCCACUCUCUGCUCAACCUCACAACUCCUGACUCGAUAUGGAGGGUGGCCGACAAGUUCCAUUGCUCCCGUGGAUUUCUACAGAGUAUCAUGAAUUCUACAGCCUCUUACACUUCGUGUCUGGUUCAUUUCACUGCUGAAUUACCAGAGCUGUGGUCCCUCCAUCUGCUUCUACCCGCCAUUACCAAGAAACUUACCUACUCCUCUCAUCUGGAACUGAUUCCACUCAUGGAGGUGUCUGGUAUGAAACAGGGUCGUGCCAGACAGCUGUUGAGUGCAGGUAUCAUAACUCCCCAGCAACUGGCAUCUUCUGAUCCACACCAACUGGUUGAGUGUAUGGACAAUCUGUUUCCAAAGCAAGCCAAGCGCCUCAUUAUGGCUGCCAAGGCUCUUCUUGCCGACCAAGCUGAGGCUCUUAUGGAAGAAGCUGAGGAACUAAUGAUUCUAGUACCCACUGACUUCACUAACUCAUAAUGUUCUGCUUCAACAUUUUCUCAUUCUCCAAUCUUUAAAACACUGUUUAUUAGUGAUAACAAAUAAUACUCACAAACAAAAAAUGAAAUCUAUAUCUUUCUA